UCAGUAAAGCAGACCAGUACAGACAAGGACUUUACUUUCACAAAGAGACAAUGCUUGACUGUGUGGGAAUGAGUUUUGUGUUGCUGCUCUCAGCAGUGGGAGCAGCAACAGUGGAGAGAGCCCAGUAUGACUACUAUAAAUACCACCCCAUGUCAGAGAUCACUAGCUGGAUGGAACAGAUGGUAAAGGAUCACCCUGAUGUUGUAACCGUGGUGAAAUAUGGAAAGACCUAUGAAAGCAGGGAUAUUAGCUUGCUCAAGAUUGGCCUGAAUACUGGAAAGGAAAAGAAAGCUAUCUGGAUGGACUGUGGAAUACAUGCCAGAGAAUGGAUCGCUCCAGCCUUCUGCCAGUACUUUGUUAGAGAGAUUCUGCAGACAUACAAAACAGAUGCCAAAAUGGAAGAGAUGAUGAAGAACGUGGACUUCUACGUCACUCCAGUGCUCAAUAUAGACGGCUACAUCUACACGUGGGAAAAUAAGACAACUCGACUGUGGAGGAAGAACAGGUCACCAGGUCCUGAGGACUGCAGCUGCUAUGGCACCGAUCUCAACCGCAACUUUGAUGCCAACUGGGGAACCGUUGGGGUAUCAUUUGACUGUUGCUCAAACACCUACCCUGGAACCAAACCAACAUCUGAGCCUGAGGCCAAGGCUGUAACUGACUUUGUAGGAAGCCGAAAGGACAUCUUCCUGUGUUUCCUCACCAUCCACUCCUACGGCCAGCUGAUCCUGGUUCCCUAUGGACACCCCAACUACACUGCCCCCAAUUAUAAUGAGCUGAUGAUGGUCGGAAAGGGUGCAGCAGAAGCAAUUUGGAAGGUUCACGGGAUGAACUACACUGUAGGAGCCUCGCCUGAUGUACUAUACGCCAACUCUGGUUCAUCCAGAGACUGGGCUCGAAUGCAGGGGAUCCCCUUAACCUUCACCUUUGAGCUCAGAGAUAACGGGACGUACAGCUUCGAGCUUCCUGAAGACCAGAUCCAGCCUACCUGUGAGGAGGCCUACAGCGGGGCUCUGCACAUCAUCACCUAUGCCCACGACAAGACCUUUAGCGGUGCUGUAGCCAACGCUGCUGUGACCCUUUGGUCCAUACUGUUAGCAGCGGGUGUCACUGGAGCCACCCUCAUGUGAGGUGGAGAGCUGUUUGAUUUCAGCCAUCCUGCUGUAUAAGGCACUCAUAUUUAGUUCUUCACCUCAAAGUCAGAUUUAGAAACAGGAUAAGCUUUAAAGGUUCAGUAUUUGCUGGAAAGAAAAAGAACAGUUAAUGUAGAAUUCUUGUGCUCAAAUUUUCUUUUAUAAUAAAUAGAAUAGUACUUACAGAGCAUCUCCUCAGCAAAUGUCCUUUUUCACAAGGUUUAAAGAAAGUGAUUCUCCCCAAUAAUAUUAGGACAUAAACAUUGUUUAAAAUGCACUUUUUUCUUGCAUUGUUUGUUUGUCAAGGCUAACAAACUGAGAAACUUGAAUGCCUUAAAUAAAAAUACUGGCAGUGGCGAGUGCAACCGCUCAGCGUCCAGUAGCUGCACCUCUGGUAUGAAUUUCAAAAUCCUGCCUUGCCUUUUUCUCAAGUUAUUGCAUUCACAAGAUUUUCACAAAACUUCACUCUGACCUUGAGGUCAGGGUCA